AUGGCAUCCCUGGCAAUCGAACGAGGACACGAUAUCAAUCCUAACGGUGGGUAUGCCACUGUGACUGGAACGAUGCGGGCGAUUUGCUGCGACGUGGGCCAGAACGUUCCAAGCAUGCAAAUUCUCGAGAUCCCGGAGAUCGGACACCAAGAUGUGCUCAUCAGAGUCAAGUCUGUAGGCCUGGCACCGGGAGUAUUCAAGAUGCUGAAGCAAGGCCUGAUCAAGCCUCUGCCCUUCAUCUUUGGUCAUGAGGUUGCAGGCUUGGUCGAGGCAGUCGGGAAACUAGCAUACGGGUUUCGUGUGGGACAGAGAGUACGAGUCAAUUCCAUCCUGGGAUGUGGUCAAUGCAAAUUCUGCAGCACUGAUCGCAACCAAAUGUGCCAGUCCGGCGGCGUUAUUGGGUUUAACCAGUUUGGGCCCCAGAAGACGACCCUGUACGAUGAAUAUCACAACGGGGGCCUAGCAGACUACAUCAAAGUCCCGUUCUGGCAGGUUCAAGAGCUGCCAGAUAAUGUCAGCUUCGAUGUUGGCGCAAAAGUACACGAUUUGGCCAAUGCAUUUCGUGCCCUCAAAGUCUCCAGCCUUCCUGCGGGGGCAACGGUGGUUAUAACGGGCGCGACUGGCACAAUGGGUACAGCAACGAUCAAGCUGGCACACUUCUUUGGAAUCAGCCGCCUCAUCCUCGUGGGACGCUCAGAAAAACGGCUUGAUGCGGUCAGAAAGCUGGCGGCUUUAUCCAUCCGAGUUGAUACUGUGCCACUGGAGACUCUAGGAAAUGACUGGCCCGCAAAUAAACUGCUCAGUGUCCGCUUGCUUGAGCUAGUACCCCAGAAGGUAGACGCUAUCAUUGAUUACUGGCCCUUUGGCACAGACAUCUGGCAGACUAUGGCUGUCCUCUGUGUCAACGGAACUCUGGUGCACAUGAGUGGCAAUCCAGCUCAGUUGCCACGGCACAUGCUAGACAUUACGCUAAAUUGUUGGCGGAUAAUCGGAACCAGGGGCAACACUCCAUCAGACCAGAAAGCAGUUCUCGAGCUUCUUGGAAAAGGACUUUUAACGGUGGACGACCUCAUCACCCACAGAUGGCCGCUGGAUCAAGCGAUGGAGGCAAUCCAGAAUCUGCAAGAUCGGUCAAUGCCAAUUUGGAUGAUGGUAGUGAACCCGUAG